UCCUGUUUACAGGCUCUAAGGAUCGUACUGUUCGCGAGUGGGAUUUGCGAACAGGUCUAGUUCGUCGUGUACUUGGAGGCAUACACGAGUCAAGUGUGCUCAGUCUCUGUGUGGCAUCAUGCAAGAUCACAAACGCAAAUGGUAGUCUUGAGGAGACUAGUUUGCUGGUGAGUGCAGGUAGUGAUAGGCGCGUUGUUGUAUGGGACAUUUGCGCAGGAAAACUCGUAAGGGUCAUGCAGGAUCACGAAGACAGUGUACUCUGUGUGAGGAUAGAGGGCGGGAGGCUAGUUACGUGUUCCAAGGACCGAACAAUUCGAACAUACGCGUUUCCAUCGUUUGUUCCGCAGUUCGUGUUUCGUGGGCACCGUGCGGCAGUGAAUACUGUCUCUGUUGUGGGCGAUAUCAUUGUAUCUGGAUCGGGAGAUCGCUCAGUGAGAGUAUGGGAUGCUAAUAAGGGGACUUUGGUUAAGACCUUCGGGGACCACCAUGCAAGAGGAAUCGCCUCCAUCGAAUUCAGGCCGCCUUUCCUGCUAUCGGGUUCAUCCGACAGCCACCUUCGCAUGUUCGAUAUAGCAACGUCGAAAGGCUGGUCGACAUGUCCCAAGUUUGAUGACCCUGCUCCAUCCGACCCUCCGGAAGAUGAGGCAAGUCAAUGGCCGCAGAUACUAGGUGGUCCAUCCAACGCACAAAAUCAGCACCAACCGGGCCAAUACAGUCUUACAACGCCUUGUGAGGCUUGCGGUCACGUCCCUUCUGUGUCUUCGGCCGCGCCUGCCCCAGGAAAUAGAAACGAACCCAGGGGGUCGCAUUCGAAUCUUGUGCGGAGUGUUGCUUUAGGAGACCAGUUCGCGGUUAGUGGAAGUUAUGAUUCAACUGUCAAGGUGUGGGAUCGCAAGAUGGGUGCAUUGGUGGCUGAUUUGACUGGAGGGCAUACAGGAAGGAUAUUCAGUAUUGGAUCUGACUGCACGAAGAUUGUUUCCUGCGGGGGGGAUCAGAGGAUCUGUAUAUGGGAUUUUUCACAUGGCAUUGAUACGUCUUUCAUCAAGUUGUAAUUUUUGUAGCUUUAGGCAAUGCAAAGUAGGUCUCGUGGGUGCAUUUAGUGUGGUCUGGAUUGCAAAUGUAGACUAUGCUUCAUCAGCAUAUUCUUCUUCU